AUGCGCUCCAAGUUCAAGGACGAGCACCCCUUCGAGAAGCGCAAGGCUGAGGCCGAGCGUAUCCGCCAGAAGUACGCCGACCGCAUCCCCGUCAUCUGCGAAAAGGUCGAGAAGUCCGAUAUCGCUACUAUCGACAAGAAGAAGUACCUCGUCCCCGCAGACCUCACCGUCGGCCAGUUCGUCUACGUGAUCCGCAAGCGCAUCAAGCUGUCCCCCGAGAAGGCCAUCUUCAUCUUCGUCGAUGAGGUCCUGCCGCCGACCGCCGCUCUCAUGAGCAGCAUCUACGAGGAGCACAAGGACGAGGAUGGCUUCCUCUACAUCACCUACUCCGGUGAGAACACCUUUGGCGGCGAGUCUGCCUAA